AUGAAGCCUCAAUCCAUAACCUUGCUUAAGAAGAUUGACAGCGAUGUUGAACAGAUACUCAAUACAUUUUUGAACAUUUUUGAGAUCCUGCACAGCGCCGACAAGAACCGUGAACAGCUCGCCGUCGAACUGUUGACUAUUGAACUGGAUGCUCUCAAUAUCAUCAGAUUAUGUGAAGAUCUACUUAAUAUAUCACGUGGUCUCAAAGAACAGUGGGUGUUGGGAUCGAUGAAGGUUGACGCAGCCCCGUCAGCUGAUGACGUUGACACUGACAAAGUGUUUUGUCAGUUUAAUGCAUUGACCGAAGCGAUCAGUAAGUUUGCCAAACCCGAAGAGGCAUAA